GAUUGUCUUUUAUUCCAAAGAAUUUUGCACAUGUUCAUCGAUUUCUGUGGAAUUUAGGGAAAGUAUAAAGAAAUCUACAAUAAAAUGGGUGGUAUAGCGAGCAGGUAUCGUGUCUCUAACUCAGGGCUCACAAGCACCGAUAUACAAAACAUAGAAAAUGAGAACAAACGUGAAAAUCCAGGGACAUUGGAUGAACUACAUAAAAAGACCAAAGAAGUAAUGCCAGUCAACUUUGAAGGAGGCAAACUGAUGUUUAACAAGGGCAUCUCAAAUCAUUUUCAGAUGUCACACACACUCACAAUGAGUUCAGCACAAAAUGGCUACAAACUAGGAGCAACAUACAUUGGCACAAAGCAGAUAUCUCCUACGGAAGCGUUCCCUGUGCUGCUUGGAGAUGUAGAUCCUUCUGGGAAUGUCAAUUUCAACAUUAUACAUCAACUAACCAAUGAAAUUAGAGUUAAGGGUGCUGCACAGAUUCAAGAGUGCAAACUGACCACCACUCAGGGCACAGUAGAGUACAAGGGCUCUGAUUACACGGCAGCUGUCACGGUAGCUAAACCUGACCUCAGUGACAAGUCAGCUGUCAUUGUUGGACAUUAUUUACAGUCGGUGACAAAGCGACUAGCUUUAGGCGCUGAACUGGUGUACCAGUCGGGCACAAGGGUGAUGGGUGGUGAGAUUGCCAUCGCUUCUGCCGCUGGCAGGUACACCAUGGAUGACUCGGAGGUGUCUGCGACGGUGGGCGCGGCAGGUUUCCACUUAUGUUACUUCAAGCAAGCCAGUGAACAAUUACAGAUCGUAGCAGAAAUUGACACUUCGUUUAGAGGGAUGGAGUCUGUGGGCACAAUCGGUUAUCAAGUUAACAUACCAAAGGCUGAUCUUAUGUUUAGAGGGAUGGUAGAUUCCAACUGGAACAUUGGUGCAGUCCUCGAGAAGAAACUCCAACCUCUGCCAUUCACCUUCGCUCUGUCAGGCAUGGCGAAUCAGGCGAAACAGCAGUUUAAAUUCGGUUGUGGACUCAUUAUAUGUUAAUAUAAUGUUUAUGGAGUCGCUGGUACCGUGAUUGUGGACUGCAGCUCUAAUUUACUAAUCCGGUUGAGUAGCAAAUAGUGAUACUAUAUGAUAUGGGUAUGUUAAGUUUUGUUGUAAUAUUCCACUUCAAUACAAUAUAUACUCACCAGGGAUGUUAAUCAAAUUCAAAUUCAAAAUAUCUUUAUUCAUGUAGGUCUAUUCCAGACUUAUGAUAUGUCAAAUCUACCGUCAGUUCGGAAUGAUUUCGAGAUGAGAAGAACUGACAAAAAACUCAGCUCGUAUUCUUUUCAAAUAAAUGUUAUACAUGUUUACAAUAAUACAGAUUCAUUUUUUGGAUUUGGGAGAACAGAGUGACCACAAGUUAGAUGUUAUGGAUAUGAAACUUCGGAUACGGAUAGGUUUUGGAUAUAGGAAUGAUUAUUAUACCGGAUACGGAUACAGAUGCGGAUAUGAAAUUAUUUCGGACUAUCCGUUAGUUUCGGAUAAUUUCGGUUACAGGUAUAAGUUUUUUAAGGAAUUCCAAAAAGUAAAAUACAAAUAGUUGAU